AGCCCCCCUCAAGCCCAACAACGAAACGGCCUGCAUUACAGCGACAGCUCUCUGAACCUGCUGUGUGAUAAGGUUUGCACCGCUGCACUCUCAGGAUUGAUCCUCUCAGGAGUGAUCCUGUGUGAUGUGGUUGUUUUUUCUCCCCAAAGCAGAGUCGGCGUGGCUGGACACGGUUCGGCUGUGACACGAGAAAGGAUUGAAAGUGUUGCAUUGGGACAAAGACAGACUUGUGAAACAUGAACAACAGCCAGCCGGAGACGUCACCUGGCAUACAGGAAACCGAGUUCGGGAGUCCUGCCCUGACCAAACAGAGGAGGAUCACCUACUUCUCCAGCGGGGAAACUCUGGAGGAGGAAGACAGUGAAGAGGAAGAAGAAAACUCAUCAAACAGACCUCCCUUCAGAGAACCUGCGGAGAGGACUAAGUUGUCAUUCAAGAAUGUGGCCCUCCUAGUUGGGAGGAUUUCCCUGCUGACUUGCGAUUUCCUUGGAGAGAGACUAGCUGGUGCACUAGGACUGAAUGCAGCCAAAUACCAGUAUGCCAUAGAUCAACAUCAUCGUGACCACCAGCAGACAACAAUCUGCAAAGCCACAGACAACAAGAUGGAAGAACAGGCAGACACAAUCCAUAUUUCUGGACUUAACGGGAGUCAUUACGGUGCUACAGGAGAUAUAAGGUGCCCUGCUGAUUCCCAGGAAAGCUGUCAUGAGAAACAUAUGGACAGAAGUGAAGGGUGUCAUAACAGAGCCUAUCAAGCAGAUGAGGACUAGUUGAAAUAAAACUAAAGGAC